CUGAUGACGUCAGACGCCCCCCUUACCAAUUACCACACAACGGCGCGUCCUGGUGACGUCACAGGAAGAGACGGUGGUUACGUAUUACCUUUGUGUGACAGGCGCUCCUGCAGCUGAGAUGAACCGUCCCCCCGUAUUUGGACCGAGGAAGAGAAGGCGGUUUGUGAACAAAGGCUUGAAGAACUUCAAGUUUGGCAAGCAGAUGACGGUGGGCAUGCAGGGCAUCCUCAUCUCCUGCAGCCAGCAUGGGAGGGACUGCGUGUCGGAGGCCUACCGCCUGCUCACUGAGUAUGGAGACCUGCUGUACGGCCCUGAGAAGAAGGAAGAGGAGGAAGAAGAUGAUGAAGAAGAAGAAGAAGGGGAAUCUGCUCAAACUGUACCAGAGAAAAGAAUCAAGACUGAAGAGAUUUUGCGCAGAUUUCAUCCCCAAGAUAUCGGGCCCAGUAAUAUUUUCAUGAGGACUUGUAAUGUAGAGCCCGAGAAGUUGGUCCACCACAUUUUAAAGGAUCUGUACACCACAAAGCAGAAGAAGGUGCAGUUGCUCCUUCGUAUGUUACCCGUCAGCGGUACUUGUAAUGCGAACCCAGAGGAUCUCAGGAAAUAUGCAGAGACCUUCUUCCAGCCUUGGUUUAAAGCCCCCAAACAAGGAAACUUUCAGAUUAUAUUUAAAGCGAGAUGUACCCAUACUCUGAACAGGACCAUGGUUGUCGAUGAGCUGCCAGCUGUACUUCACAGGUUGAAUCCAGGGAAUAGGUUCGACCUGAUAAACCCAGACUACACCAUUGUAGUGGAGGUCCUCUGGAAUGUCUGCUGCCUGGGGGUGGUGAAGGACUACGACCUGUUCAAGCAAUACAACCUGCAGGAGGUGAUAAAGAGUGGGGAGGAGGGAAAAAAAUGACCAGGCAGUGGGCUCUAAUGCUUAACCACUUCCAGACCUAGCCUAAGGCCGUAUUCACAGUGUCUGUGUUCUGCCAGUGAUUUCCAUCCGUGAUUAUGACCAAAACCAGGAGUGGAAGCUAGACAGAGAUCUGUGUUUAGAGCCGCACCUGGUUUUGGUUCCACUUUUUACAAAUGGUCCAGAAGACCAAUAAGAGCCUUUUUGUUGCAUGUGUUAUUAGUUGUAUAUUAAAACGUAGCUUUUAUUUCUUAAGGUUCUAAACGCCUAUUAACUAAAUAAAAGUAUUAAAAAAUA